CAAGUCUAUAUAUUUAUAGUAAUACAAGUUUCAAUACUUGUUUAUAACACUAAAACAGACAAAGAUUUUUCAUGGGUUGCGGAGCGUCAAGUGUCAAACCUUGCAGACAUUUGUAUUGUCUGCAAUGUUGUCAACUUUUACCAGGAGAUAAGUUUGAUAUAAUUUGCAAUCUUUGUUCAGAAGAAUUUGAACUAACUGAAGAUCAAAUUUUAAAUGUUAAAUUUAGUAUUCCGGAUGAAUCUCUCGAGAAAAUAUCAUUUGUUGAUAAAUUGUGUAAAGAUCAUAAAACUAUUUUAUCAACUAGUAUAAAACUAAAUAUUCAAUUUACAACUGAAAAUUUUCUUGGCUUGUGUGAUAGAUUAAAUAAAGGUCCAAGUUUAUUGACAAGUGUAAAAUUUAAACUCUGUCAAAUUGAUGAGAAUUCUUGGAAAACUAUUGGUAAUACCUUGGAAAAAUUUUCUUCAAUUGAAAAUCUAGAUUUCAGUAAAAAUAUUGGAAUGGGAGAUGGCUUGAUAAUUAUUUGUAAGAGUCUUAUUACAUCAUCAAAUAAUGUAAAAGAUUUGAAUUUAUCAAUGUGUAUGUUAAGUGAAAAUCAUUGGAUAGAAAUUGGGAAAAUAUUGGAAAAUUUUCAUAGAUUGAAAAAUGUAGAUUUGAGCGGAAAUAGAGGAAUAGGCGACAAUGGAGUAUUAAAUAUUUGUGAAGGGUUAAAAAGUUCAUCAACUUGUUUGAGAUACUUAAAUUUAAGUGAUUGUAAUUUUAUAUUUUUGGCUCAAUGGGAAUUAAUUUGUGCAUUAGUUGGACAAUUAUACUAUUUAGAAAUUGUUGAUUUAAGCUAUAAUACUAUACAAGAGAAUGUAUUGAUUCCAAUAUGUAAAGGACUACAAUCAUCUUUUAAUAGUUUAAUCUCUAUUAAUUUUUCAUUUUGUAAUUUUUCUUCACUUGAAUCUAAAGUAUUGGGAAAUUUUUUAAUGGAUAUGCCAAAAUUACAAAAAGUAAAUUUAAGUGCUAAUAAACAUAUGGGAGUUGGAUUAGCAUUAAUCUGCAAUGGACUUGUUGAAUCAUCAAAUACAUUGACAACUUUAUCUUUUGUUGAUUGUGAACUGAAUAAUGAACAAUGUCUUAACAUUGCAUAUGCUCUGAAAAAAUGUCACAAAAUAGCUUUCCUAAACUUGUCUUUCAAUACAAACAUGGGUGAUGGACUAGAGAGUAUUUGCGAAGGGCUACUUGUAGCGAAAGAUACUCUUCAGUCAAUUCUUUGUUAUAAAUGCUUCUUAACCGACAGUCAAAAGAAAGUCCUCCUCUGUUUGUUAGUACUCUGUCCUUCUAUGCUUUGUUUGGACAUGAGAAAUGAAGGCGACAUAAAUGAUGGAUCAAUAAUAAUAGAAACAAUGUUUUUAAGGCUUGAAUUCACGGAAAAGAUUAAGAAACAUCAGAGAUAAUUCAGUUUUGCGGCUGUCAAUGUAUAAUUCAUUUAAUGAGUGAUAAUUGAGACAUUUCAGAAGUUUAGUUUAUUGAACAAAAUUAAUCUUUAUACUUGACAGAAAGAUAGAUAUGAAUCUUGUCAGAAAAAUAUUACAACACUAUCCUUUAAAAAUAAAUGUUCUAAUUUGAUGCUGUUUCCAAAUUGAUUUUAUUUUAAUUCAAUUACUUGGUCAAAAUUUGUCAAUUUCCUUUUAGUUUACUACACAUAACAUUCUGACCAUGACAAAAAUUUCUCAUUUCUAUACCAUUAAAAAAUAAUGUUUCAGUAGUCUUUCAAAUAGUAAACAACAACAGGUUUUGUGUUUGUAAACCCUUAAUUAUCAAUUAUUAUAUCAUGUUUAUGCAAAUGAACACUUUUUGUUGUUGACAACAUGUUUAAAUGUCCUGUAUCCUACAAUUAUUUUUGAUAAACAUCAAUUAAAUCAUUUUCUCUUUUUAAAUUUAUCAACAAUACAAUGAAAUGAAGAAUUUUUUUAUAAA